UAAGCUCUGAAACAGCACCUUAGACAGCUUUCGAGUCGUCCGACUUCAAGGGUUGUGAACUGCAUAUAUCGAUGGCUUCCAGCGCAGUUACGGUAUCACUCUAAUCUACCGCGUGCCGGCGAGCAGCUCCACUGGGACCCAUGCCCAACGAAGACAUCGAUGCCCGAAACCUGGAGUCUCUGGAGAAGUACCGCAGUUACACACGUUACCUGAAGGUGGCGGAAGAGGAGAGCAGGAAACCCCACUGGUGGAAAACCUACAGACAGUACGUCGUGCAGGAGGAGGGUGCUGAGAAGAUUGACAUUGGCCUGCCUCGUCUGCAACUGUCUCGAAGCCAAGAGGUGAAGGAGAGGAGGAAAUUGUGCAGAGAGAACCGCAGAAGCAGCGAACUAGAGAGGGCGACACGCCUGCAGACCUUGCGAAUACCUCUGGAUGAGGUGAAGGCAGAGUGGGAGAGGACAAACGGUCCCUAUGAUGUUCAGAGAGUAGCUGAGUACUAUGGCAUAUAUCGGGAUCUCUUCCCUCAUGCCACCUUUGUGCCAAGGGUGGUGUUGCGUGUCGUGUAUGGCAAAGAGGGGGAGCACAGUUCACCAGUGCAUUGUGGGAAUGUGCUAACUCCCAGCGAGGCAGCCAGUGCUCCUCACGUGACAUUUGGAGCAGAGGAUGGCUCCCUGUGGACGCUGCUUCUUACCAGCCCGGAUGAACACCUUAGAGACAAUGAGUCCGAAUAUGUUCACUGGCUCGUAGGUAAUAUUCCUGGGAAUAUGGUCCAUUCUGGAGAGGAAGUUUGUCAUUAUUUCCCACCUUUCCCAGCCAAAGGCACAGGAUUCCACAGGUUCGUCUUCAUUCUGUUCAAGCAGGAAGGGCCUAUCAAUUUCAAGGAAGAUUACAGACAGUCUCCCUGUCACAGUUUAACAAUGAGGACGUUCAGAACUUUGGAUUUCUACAGAAAGCAUCAGGAUGCAAUGACUCCAGCUGGGCUGGCCUUCUUCCAGUGCCAGUGGGAUGACUCCGUCACACACACUUUCCACGAGAUGCUCAGUAUGAAGGAACCUGUGUUUGAGUAUGACAGACCACCUGUGUAUCAUCCUCCACAGAAAAAGUACCCUCAUGGGCAACCCCUCAGAUACCUGGACAGAUACAGAGACAGCCAGGAACCCAGCUAUGGCAUCUACUGAUCUGAUUUGAACGGCUUCUUCUGCAUGUAAUGAACUGGGUGACCUCUGCCAAGCCUACCAAAAGCCUGGCAAGGCUGUGAAGACAUUAACCAAGAGUUCCUGAGGCUGGAGACAGAUUUUCUACUGAGACUCCUUUUUUGUUUGUUGUUUAUUGUAAAGAUAAAAUAGUCCCAAACACA